GCACGCUCCCGUCAGACCGUGAACGCGAGCUUCGUGCGCGUGCCCGACUGAAGGCUAUGCGGUAGGAUCGCCGGAAAACAAGCAAAAGCGCUUGAGAGUCGAGACCGGAUCAGUUUACCUCCACAUCACAAGAUCAUAUUUUGGAGCGGAAAUUUCACGCCCUGUCGGGUUGUGUUGCCGUUGGCGUCAGCUGGGGAUAUUUACAGGCAGAAACAAUAGGGACACGGGUGACAUGAAGGUGAAGUCACCAACAGAAAAUGAAGGUGCUCCAGAUUCCAGAAACAGAUGCAGUGUAGACUUGGCUGGUGACUGGUCUGCAGGCUCUCCACUUCUCUUGUCCCUGGAGACAGCCAUUUGGGGGGCAGAUUCCUAAAUUCCCCUCCUCUAGGUCUGAACCUUUGUCUGGACAAAAUCAACCACCCACCACUGGACUCCACAGCUUGUGCUCACCUGUGUUGCUUGGAUCAGCACAGCUCAUCUCCUGACUGAGGAGAGCGCAGCAGCUGCACAAUAUUCACCUUCUACCAGCUGAUCCCUCCCAGCCCCGCCCACACAGCCCCAUCACCAUGGUGCUGUCACAACGACAACGAGAUGAACUAAAUCGAGCGAUAGCCGAUUAUCUACGUUCCAAUGGGUAUGAAGAGGCAUAUUCCACUUUCAAGAAGGAGGCGGAAUUAGAUAAUAAUGAAGAAUUGGAUAAGAAGUAUGCCGGCCUUUUGGAAAAAAAAUGGACCUCAGUCAUCAGAUUACAAAAGAAGGUGAUGGAACUUGAAUCCAAACUGAAUGAAGCUAAGGAGGAGAUCACCCUGGGUGGGCCUGUAAGUCAGAAGCGUGACCCCAAAGAGUGGAUUCCACGUCCACCAGAAAGGUACGCAUUGAGUGGCCACCGCAGUCCAGUCACCCGUGUUAUCUUCCACCCAGUCUUCAGUGUCAUGGUGUCAGCUUCUGAGGAUGCAACAAUAAAGGUGUGGGACUAUGAGACGGGAGACUUUGAACGCACACUGAAAGGUCACACAGAUUCGGUGCAGGACAUCUCAUUUGACCAGACUGGCAAACUGCUAGCAUCCUGCUCUGCAGACAUGACUAUCAAGCUGUGGGAUUUCCAGGGCUUCGAGUGUAUCAGGACCAUGCAUGGACAUGACCACAAUGUAUCGUCUGUAGCUAUCAUGCCCAAUGGAGAUCACAUUGUUUCUGCCUCAAGGGACAAAACCAUAAAAAUGUGGGAAGUGGCAACUGGCUACUGUGUGAAGACCUUCACAGGCCACAGGGAGUGGGUUCGUAUGGUGCGGCCCAACCAGGAUGGCACACUCAUUGCCAGCUGUUCUAAUGACCAGACAGUGCGAGUGUGGGUCGUGGCCACCAAGGAGUGCAAGGCUGAGUUGAGGGAGCAUGAACAUGUGGUGGAAUGCAUCUCGUGGGCACCUGAGAGCGCCUACCCCACCAUCCUAGAUGCUACCAACUCCGAGACCAAGAAGAGUGGUAAACCAGGCCCCUUCCUGCUUUCUGGCUCCAGAGACAAAACCAUCAAGAUGUGGGAUGUUAGCAUUGGCAUGUGCCUUAUGACAUUGGUGGGUCAUGACAACUGGGCGCGUGGGGUCCUCUUCCACCCUGGAGGCAAGUUCAUUGUGACCUGUGCAGAUGACAAGACCUUAAGGAUCUGGGACUACAAGAACAAGCGCUGCAUGAAAACCCUGUGUGCCCACGAACACUUUGUUACCUCUCUGGAUUUCCACAAGACUGCUCCCUACGUGGUCACUGGGAGUGUAGAUCAAACGGUAAAAGUGUGGGAGUGUCGCUGAUCUGGACCUUUUUGAGGGUUGGACCACCAUCACAGUUGCUCCUCCUGCCAUCCCCUCUCCUCCCCUUCACCUAACCCUAAGUCUCACCCACACAACCUCCUCUCCUCUGGCUGCACUUAACACCAUGGUUAUUUCCCCUUUGCACUCUCUGGUCCAGUAACUUUUGUCCUAUGUAAAUUAUUCCUGGUUGUAGAUGAAGCUAUUAAAUGUUACACAAAAAAAGUAUUCUUGCAUGGUAAUCCAAAAUUGUAUACUGUAAAUUUACAUAAUAUUGUCUAGAAGUACCAUAGGUUUAACACAGGCUGGCCGUCUGUCACGCAGCCUUACCGACCAGCUGAAGGCGUUUUUUUUUGUUUGUUUGUUUUUUUGAAACUGGGUGUAAAAUGUAGGGCACUAAAACCCCAAUAAUUUAAGAAAUGACAGUGUCUUUAUGUGUAAGAUUUAUUUUUGUCUAUUUUUUUAUUUAGGACAUCUGUUUGCUUUUCUCUCCUUCACUGUUGUAGUCUGUUGGUGCCUAGAUUGGUGCAACGCUUAAGAGAUGAGGCAGGAAAAGGGUAUACAACGUGAUACGAUCGUCCGUGGGGCUUUGUUAUUGAAAUAAUCUGUAGCUUUAUAACAUCAGUUCUCAAGUGUGCAUACCAUUUCUCUUCAUGUGGAUCAAGGUAAUAUUUUAAUGACUGUAUAUACAAAUGUUUCAAACUAUUGUCCUCGGGGGCUUAAAAACAGCUUUGUACUCUUGUCGUGGUGGCAAAUGUACCACUGCUAGGCUUUAGGUAGAUUAUCCUGUUUAAUCAAUCUGCAGUGAAGAAUAUGAAGUUGAAGUGCUGAAAAGUGGCUUUGCGCUGAGCUGUUCACCAGAAUCCCAGUGUAGCGAGUUUGUUUGGCUAGGGUCAGUGAGCGCCGUGGGUCAGAGCAGUACCUGAGCUAAAUUAAGGGAUUACACCACCUCAGUUUUCUAGCACAUGACAAAGACUCUGGUCGUGUCUCUCUUUAGCGGAGGGCUUCCUGUGACAUUGCAGUGUCAGAUUUUUGUUGAACUGAGCCCUCAUUCCGCUUGUAGCUCCCCUGACCAAUCAGUCCUGGCAGGGAUUGGCAUACCAUAGGAAUUGUGUAAAGUUAGAAGAUGCUUGGCUGACCCAUGAUGCUUCUGAAGGCUACAGACAUGAGCCCCGUGUGAAAUAAGACGGCUAAAGAGAAAACAAUGGCGUAACAAGAAGUCAAAGUGAGCCCCCUGGGUUUGUUACCUGGGAUGUGCAAAGAUCUCUAAUUUCUGAGGGGUGAAAUAUGUUCUGCAUAAUAAAGAUGACUGAGUUUUCUGUGAAAAUAUGAGAUGUAAAUUUAGCUUGUGAAGACAUUUGGCAGUUUUGUAUCAUAGCAACUAAAAUGAUGAACUGGGGUUUGGGAUCAGUGAGGAAAUGCUAGCAGCAGAUAUGCAAAAUGAUCUGUUGAUGCUGUUUUGUCUGGCGAACGGUCUGUUGUGGGGGGGUUUUGUUGUUGUAAAGAGCUCCUCACUGUGCAGCUCCUGGAUCAGAUGUGGAGCAUGCUGAAGCCUGAGCAUUGAGGAUUUCUACAGACAAACCUCACAGACCGUCUCAUGUAGGCAGACAUCCUUUGAGUGGCUUUCCUCGUAUGUUCAGCUUUUGAUCUUCGUUGAGCUGAAACUGUAAAACGGAUAUUUUUGGAAAGACUGGAAAAUACGCAAAGCCAGUCCAUGCUGUAGAAACAACCAUUCCACUCCCUUUGGAGGACAAAAAAAUGAAACAUCUUGCUUCUAACGGUAGCUGGCAAGAUGAUUCAUUAAUUUUGCACAUCCCUGUUUUCACUAAAUCUUUGGUCCUUUAAUGACGAUCAAAGAUGACGUUAAAAGUUGAUGGUGUUGAUAAAUGCGUAAACCUAUAAUUUCAGUUUAGCCUUUUCAUUCCAGUGCAGUUGGCUAAUAAAGAAUUCCAUUGCUUAACCGAUCUUCUUUUCUUAGCUUCUUUGCCAGGUUUUCAUCUUCCUGUUUGUACUGGAUGUGGUGAUCUGCUGCUCCUGCUAUAGUGGCUACUGUGAGCCUAAUGUGACUUGUUGAUGUAGCACUGCUGCAUGUAAAGCUGCACCAGAGGCAGAGCUGUCAGAACAGUAAUCUUUGAAAAGCUCAGAUACAGGAGCCUUCUUGCCAGAGACCAGCUGUUUUGAGGAUUGAAGUGAGAAAUUCCUUCUCUAUACUUAGAGCAGAUGUUUUGAGAAACAUGCUGUAUUUGGUGUGUUAUUGAUAGUGACAUGAAAUUGUCUAUACCACUACUAUUCGUAAUGUAAAUAUGAAGUUACAGCCUGCAGCAUUAAGACUGAAAACAAUAAGAAGCAGAUUGCUUUGAUCUGGCCAUUGUCUGUUUUCACAUUUGGAAUAUUCUAGGACAGCCAUAUAAGAGACCAGUGUGCUUGUAGUGUUUAAAAUGCAGUAAAAUAUUUUUGGAAGGAACUGAUUUUGAUUAACUUUUCAAAUGAACAGUUGAUAAACCAUAUGUUACAAAGCAUCAAUUUGAACUGGAUAAUGCUGCAUAUACACAAUGUAGGAAAAACAAUAAACACAGGGUAAAGAAAGAUGUUCUGGUUUGGAGACCAUCACUAUACGUGUACAAGAUGUUAUAAACUGGAUGUGCUCUUGUAGCUGUUAGACUGGGACGUGGGUGCAAAUGGGAAGAGGAAGGGCCAAGAGCGCACCUUCCCUGACGUGUCGCUCUUCUGCCAUUUCAGCUUCAAAAUGAACACCGGUGUCGGUGUAAGAUAUUGUUGUCCCUUUGGUCUUCAUCGUGUUGCUGGUCUGCCUUCCUCAGCUGAGUUUAGCACUUAAUCUGUCUCUUGAGGUGUGGGUCCUCCUCUUUGCUGUAGCACUGGAGAAACUUCUCUAUACCUCUCUUUGGCUUCUUGUAUUACAGAGGGAGGAAUACACAGCAUACUGUAUGGUUGAAUCUUGUGGUUCUCAUGCCCAAGGAGGUCAGUCAGAAGCCUUAGUACAUGCUUGGCGUUCUCUUCACACUUCCUUUUCCCCUUUUGUUUACAGACAUAGAUUCAUAAGCAGUCUGAGUCCUGCAGCUCAUCCACCAGACUGUCUGCUGAGCUCCUGCGGGGUUGCAAGCACAGAGUCUCUAGUCAGAGAGCCCUUUUCCUCCUCCUUGAGAGCCUCAGUCAGAAGUGUAAAAAGAAUGUGAUUUUUGGUAAACCUGACCCUCCCCAAGGAUACAAAUUCACUGAGAUGAUCCAUGUGUUGGUGCACAAUCUCAUUGUGCUGUAGUGUUCCACUAGAUUGUUGCUGAUAUAGGCCUGAAGCACUGUGUCUCUGUUCACCAGGGAAUGGGCGAGUCAGUCUCCAGGUUAGUGCCUGAAGCAGCAGGGACUUAACGUCUUUGUGAACUUUGACCUGGGUCUUUCUUCAGCUUCUCAUAGCGAGGGCAGCAUUGGACCUCUGUGGGCUAAUAGAUGCUCAUAGCAUCGAGGAGGCUUGAAUUUCACAAGUCUUCUGGUGUCUGAGGUACUUAAGGCUUGGGAAUGUUCUUGCCUUUGCUUUUGUGCUCCUUGUCAAAACUGCGAACAGUCUCUUCAAAUUUCUCAAACUGGGGGUACUCCUUUGUCAUCUCAGCAAGUUCGGCUUCACUUGCCAAGAUGUCACCCAUCUUGGCUGCCUCCCUGGAGCUCAUAUGAGUGAGUGUUCAAAACCUUUAAAAUAUCUACUGACAGCAGAACCUCUAUGGUGUGCUUCUAUCUGGUGACAGAAUGGUUAUAACAAAUAGAUUAUUUCCAAUUAAUUCUUCACAAGAGAGCAAAUAAAAUACUUCACAAACUAUCAAACAGUUUUUUUUAUAUUAGCCUGAUGUGUCCUUGGUCGACUGGCUCGGUUGAGUUCAGACAGCUCUGUUCACUGGUUGUAGAAAGGCUGGUUUUGUUUGUGUGUGUGAUGCUACUUGAAGGAGGUCUGCAUCCUCCUCCUCCUCCUGUAAAUGCAAUGGGAUUGUGGCAGACUAGGAUAUCCUAAAGGAGAAAACCUCUCUUUCGUGGAAUAUUUCUGAUGUCUCUUUUUGGUGUGUGUCCCCUUUCAGAGGUCUUUUUUGACAUGCUUUUUUUCUCUGUCCUAAGAGUUAGAAUCAGCUGAUUUUGUAGUGCAAUUUGGCAUGGCUAAUGAAGAUGCCAUUGUUUUAAAUGUUCUAGGUGAAGCCAAAAAUGGAGACAUUUGUCAGUACAAUCUGGUUUAUUUUGAGAUGUCAGCCUCCUUGUUGGUCCAGCAAUGUAUGACCAACUUAUGAUGCUAGUCUCCUCAGGAUCACGCUAUGACAUGCCAGACCAUAAAAUCUAAAUGGAAAAACAAAUUCCCUUUCCUUGGUUUUACUCAAGGAAGGUGGUUAAUCAAAGGUCAGGAUGAUGUGUGUUCUCUUUCUUUUGUAAGAACUGUGGGGCAAAACCUACAACACAGCUGCUGGUGUUGUAUACAAGCCUGUGUCCUGUUUAACGAACCCCCCUCCCCUCCCUUCGCCAUUCAUGGGUCCCAAGCAAUCCCUUUGCUGCUAAGGUGCUCUGGUCUGGUGUGUGAAGGGACUGACAGGCAGCUUUUGACUGUCAGUUGUUUUCCUCCGACUUGAGGUCCAUCUAUCCUCUGUAACCUGCCUGUGAACCACUGAGGGCUUCAGACUGCACAACAAGCUCCUGUGUGUGAGAGCUCGUGAUGUUUUCGCCACUAUGGUCUCACUCUUCACUCAGCAAACUGUUAACAAUAUACUUGGAUGUCAUUAUUGUUUGCGAUAUAAUAAAAGAAGUAAAAUCUG